AAAAUAAAAUAAAAUAAAUGUCUCUAUGUAACUGAAAAACAUAAAAUAAAAUAAAAUAAAAUAAAUGUCUCUAUCAAACUCACGCGUCAACGACUUCAUCAGCUUCCAUACAGAGAUAGACUCUCACACUGUCAAAGUCUCACACUGUCACACACAGAGAUAGACUCCACACUACAAAUUCUCCCCAUAAUCAUUAUUCUCCUCAAAAUGCAUUCUUUAAGUUGAAAUGCUGCAAAAUAGCUUUUGGGGUUUUCAUUCUUAACUUCCUCUUUAAUCAGAAUCAUCACAAGGAAACAUGAAUCAUUUUGAUAAAGAUGAAAUUCCGAUGCUGUCAGAAUCACCUACUCAACGAUCUGAUGAACCUCAGGAUUCUACAUUCCGAAGAAACAUAUCAAGUACACGAAGUGCUUCAUCAAGUACACGAAGUGCUUCAAUCUCUAUUCCAAUGGCUUCUCUGGAUCAAUAUGAGAGACAGCCGAAUCUUGUCAGACAUACUGGUCCACUUCGUACUGCGAGGAAAACUCCGUUGGGGCAAAUGAGUGGUCCCUUAUAUGCAACUCCUGCAACUGGAAAUCCUUUUCAGAAUAGUAUAGUAGUGGCAGGAAAGAAAGUAGGAGAGAACAAGACAGAGAAGUUUGAUGGCACAGAUGAACAUCGUUGGAAUGAUAAUGACUACGACAAAAAAAAUGAGCACUUGUUGAGGUCUGGACAACUCGGAAUGUGUAGUGAUCCUUAUUGCACUACUUGCCCUACUUACUUCAAGGUUUCUCAGCAAACAAAUCAAAGAGCUUCCGUUAUACUUGAUCCCAAGUUCCACAAUUCUCUUUAUGGCGACGCCAAAGGAGAUACCAAAGGUUAUGGGAGAAAACUUUAUUCUUUCUGUUCUUCAUGUAUUCCUGGAGUUAUGAACCCUCAUAAUAAAGUUGUACAACAUUGGAACAAGUUUUUGGCCAUAUUUUGCUUGGUCGCAAUUUUUGUUGAUCCAUUAUUUUUCUUCUUAAUUUAUGUGAACAAGGAUGAGAAAUGUAUAUGUAUCAACUGGACAAUGGCAAACACGCUUGUUUCAAUUAGAAGCAUAACUGAUAUUGUGUAUUUCUUGAAUAUUCUUCUCCAGUUUAGGUUGGCAUAUGUUUCUCCCGAUUCAAGGGUGGUUGGUGCUGGUGAUUUAGUUGACCAUCCCAAGAAGAUUGCUCUUAAUUACAUUAAGAGCUAUUUUUUCUUUGACUUGUUUGUUGUAGCACCUCUUCCUGAGAUAAUGAUAUUUUUUAUCCUACCAAUAUCCUUGGGGUUAUUAGGAGCAAAUUAUACGAAGAAUAUUCUACGUCUAGCGAUCCUUGUACAAUAUAUUCCCAGAUUAUUCAGAUUUUUGCCUCUGCUAAUUGGCCAGUCUCCAACAGGAUUCAUAUUUGAGUCAGCUUGGGCAAAUUUCAUUAUAAAUCUUCUCAUUUUUAUGCUAUCUGGCCAUGUCGUUGGUUCAUGUUGGUACCUCUUUGGUCUACAGAGGGUUAACCAAUGUUUGCGAGAUGCCUGUCAUCUUUCUGAACUAGUGGGAUGCAAGGAAUUGAUUGAUUGUGAUGCUAAUGCGCCUAAUGAAACAGCUCCGCAGUGGAGAAACAAUACUCGCGCUAAUGAUUGUUUGAAUCCCACAUCUGGUGUUUUUGCUUAUGGAAUCUAUGGCUCUGCCGUACAACUUACUAUAGAAACUAGGGUGAUUAACAAAUAUGUGUAUGCCUUGUUUUGGGGAUUCCAGCAAAUCAGUACUCUAGCUGGUAAUCAAACCCCGAGCUAUUUUGUGUGGGAAGUCCUCUUUACAAUGUCUAUCAUAGGAUUGGGACUCUUGCUUUUUGCGCUUCUCAUUGGAAACAUACAGAACUUUCUUCAGUCUCUUGGACGGAGGAGGUUAGAAAUGCAACUUAGAGGCCGUGAUGUUGAGCAAUGGAUGAGCCAUCAUCGCUUACCAGAAGAUCUUAAAAGGAGAGUACGGCAGGCUGAACGGUAUAGUUGGGCUGCAACAAAGGGUGUUCCUGAGAAAAUGGUUCUCAAUAAUUUGCCAGAAGAUCUCCAGACAGACAUAAGACGCCACCUCUUCAAAUUUGUUAAAAGUGUUCGAAUUUUUUCCCUGAUGGAUGAGGAUGAGCCUAUCUUAGACGCCAUUCGUGAGAGACUAAUUCAGACGACAUACAUUAAAGGAAGUAAAAUUUUGAGUCAGGGAGGUCUCGUACAGAAGAUGGUAUUUAUUGUGCGUGGAAAAUUGGAGAGCAUCGGAGAAGAUGGUAUUCCAGUUCCGUUAACCGAAGGGGAUGCUUGUGGUGAAGAACUUCUAAGAUGGUAUCUUGAACAGUCUUCUGAAAGCAAAGAAUGUAAAAAAGUAAAGCUUCAAGGACAAGGGUUGACUAGUGAUAGAACAGUAAGAUGCUUAACCAAUGUAGAGGCAUUUUCACUCCGCACUAAAGACAUUGAAGAAGUCACAACUCUUUUUGCAAGAUUCUUGCGGAGCCCUCGUGUUCAAGGAGUCAUAAGGUAUGAAUCACCAUACUGGAAAUCACUUGCAGCAAACAGAAUUCAGGUUGCAUGGAGAUACAGGAAGAAGCGUCUAAAUCGAGCAACUACCACAUAAAAUGAUUAUCAAACAUUGAAAUCAUAGGCUAGCUAGCUGUACUUUAAUGUUUGAUUGAUUCACUACAUUGAAUCCUUGGAAUAGAAUAGUGGUGGUAUAUUGCUUAUAGGGAGUUAUGAAGUAGAUACCAUAUAAUGAAUUUAUUGUAUAUGUAAAUAAAUAUAUCCACGAACAUUUUGAUUUAAGGUAUGAAAAGAAAAUCUGAUUCUUUUAUUUUUAUAAAAGAAAA